AGUGCGGACGAGGCUAACUGCGUUCACAUGGGAGAGAGGUUGGGCAGUGGUAGGGACGAGCGAUUUGUGGCUCUCUCGUCGGAAGUGUGUGAAGAAGAGGAUGAUGGACAUGGCCGAGCUGGGAUGAUCGGAGCUGCUACUUGCUGCUGCUGUGGGAGGGAGGGAAGGAGACGAUGGUUGGAAACGUGGUGAUUGCUAGAUCAAUGACUGUAGCGAAGGCGAUGGCGCCAGCGCCCACGAACUUGAGUUGGCACCAUGGAUUUGUGGAGCGGAAAGAGAGGCAGGGUUUGUUGAAUCAGAAAGGGUGCGUGGUGUGGAUCACGGGGCUGAGCGGAAGCGGGAAGUCGACUGUAGCGUGCGCUAUCGAUCACGCUCUGGCGCGCAUGGGGAAGCUGUGCUACGUGCUCGACGGCGACAACGUGCGGCACGGGCUGUGCAAUGACUUAGGGUUUUCGGUGGAGGAUCGGGAGGAGAACAUCAGGCGCGUCGGGGAGGUGGCGAAGCUGUUCGCGGACGCGGGCCUCGUGACGCUAGUCAGCUGCAUCUCCCCGUACAAGCGGAACAGGGAGUUCGUGCGCGGGCUGCUGGAUAAAGGAGAAUUCGUCGAAGUGUACAUGAAAGUUCCAAUUUCGAUUUGCGAGAAGCGGGAUUGCAAGGGGUUGUAUAAGCUGGCUCGGGCCGGGAAGAUUAAGGGCUUCACGGGGAUUGACGAUCCUUACGAGGUGUCGGAUAGGCCGGAGGUCACGUUGGAGGCUACGAAUGCUGCAGGAGAGCUCAUCACGCCGGAUUGCAUGGCCGAAACCGUGAUUGACUAUCUCCUGGGCCGUGGCUUGCUUAACGGGCCGUGCUUAUCAAACAUGUAACGUCGAUUGUAAGGUUUUGUGUCGAGAGCUAUUUUAGUAGCUUUGUGAAGAAUGCUGGUUUGCUGUCCUAGCGACUACGUUUUCCAGCGUUGAAGCUGCUGAGCGAGGCUCCUGCGUCAAUGGCACUUGAAAAGUUGAAAGUAGCUUUCUCGUAAUUUACAGCCAGAUGUAAGUAUAGGCAGUGCAUGUCAUGUUAUAACGCCCUUGUUAUAAUGACAAUUAGGCAGCAAAGGAUUUAAGCAUGUUCAGUACAUUAUUGCCAGGUUACAACGCCUUGUUGUAACGGCAUUUAAAUAGCAAGGGUUGCAAGCAUAUCCAAUAAAUCAUUGCCAGGUUCCAACGCCUUGUUGCACCGGCAAUCAGAUAGGAAUUGUUGUAAGCAUAUUCAGUUCAUCGUCGCCAGAUUACAACGCCUCGUUGUAACGACAAUUAGACAGCAUGAAAAAUCUGCGCUUUGUGUGAAGGGAGGAUAGUUAUUUCGAAUGAUGUUUUCUUUAGGACUCAAGCGCAAGCUCGGAUUGAAUCAUGUGUUUUGGACCUGCUCUAAACUAUCGUGUAAGGAUUAUAUUUGGGAUAAUACCACUCUAUGGAGUAUGAGAGUUUGCCCA